UCAACUCCGUCAUAACAUAGUGUCGACUUACCUGACGUCUACGAUGCUAUCCCAUAGUACCAGAUGACAGUGCUUUUGAAGAGAAAUUCGCGUUUAUGGACGCCGAGCAGGUCUUUAUUCUCUUAUAGGACGAAUAUUGCCACCUAUAUACCAGAUAUCGUUCUUGAUUGGUGUCCCCUGCCUAGCGGUACGUGUUUAUCUGACAAGUCUUCAUUGCUGGCCGUGCCCUUCAAGCUUCCACAGAGGCAUGCCGGCAGUCAAGAACCGUAAACACUCUGUAUCAAAGCACGGUAGUACAGGGAAGGCACCUGCCACGCAAACCUGACCUCCCCGGACCUGCUGUCGGAAAUGCAUCGUCUUGGAGGCCAUCUAUGAAGACGGGACAGAAAUCACGCCUGCGACAAACUUCACUAUCGUUUAUCAUGUUACGCGUCCUUAUUUCUGAACUCUGCCAGUAUGCAGUAUCACGAUGCACCAGGUGCCUUUAUCAAAACGCGGAAUACACACCGGAACUCAAUGUUCAGCCCACGCCACGACGAAGCCGCCGAUCCAGUUAUUGACUGGUGUGACUAUGACCACGACGAAACGCUUGAGGAGGAAGCUGUGAAGUAUGAGGAGAUGGGACAGUUGGGUAAGCGUAAGAUUUGUGACGUACUGAUAUACUCCGCUCUGGGAAACCGUAAGUAGUCCUGUUG